AUGGGUCCAGGUCCACCACCUUGGACAGCAUCCGAAGACAAUACAUAUCAUGCAACAAAUGGCAUUCCUACAUUAAUACCAACCGCAUUAGAUCCUGAUCUAACACAGCAUAUACAAAAUUGUACAUGUCCAUGUAAUCAUUUAGGUUAUGGUGGUCCAACACCAAAGCGUAAAAUACCAGAAGAUAAAGUAUUACCAGCGACAAUAACGAAAAAGACACCGAUACAUGAGCGACGUCAUCAACGUACAUCGUCAGCAACACAAACGCCAGAUCCAAAUCGUCGUCAAUAUAGUAAUUUCGAUACCCCAACACAUGUGUAUGUUCAAGAACCAGGAUUUUCAAGUGUCUCAGCGAGUAUAACACAUACACCAGUUCAUGUAGGUGUAAGUUCAUCCGGAUUACAUCAUACACCAAGUCGUACAUCGGCUGGUACUUCUGGUAACUAUAUUUAUGUGGAUUAUGAGCGUAUUCGAGUUCCAUCACCAAGUCCUUCACGUGCAGCACAUCAACAGCCUCCAUCACGAUCACCAAUACGUUAUUGGCAAGCUGGUAAUGUCGGUCGAACUACAAUAUCCCAAUUAAAUAAUUUAACACAUCAUCCACGACGUUAUUUUGCCCAACAAGAUGAUUCAUUUUCAACGGUUAGCAGUGAAGAAGAAGAAGUUGUUUAUCAUCGACGCCCAUGGUGUUUAUGUGUAUUUUUAUGUUUUUUAUUAACUGCACUAAGUGCAGCUCUAGUGAUACCAAUGCUUGUGAAUAAAACUUAUUUACCGGAUCAACGUGCUAAUAUGACAUCAUCGACAACAGCGCUAAACGGUGAUAAUCGUAAACAAAAUCAAAGUGUUAUUAUAACAAAUAAAUAUAGUUUAUUAACACAGAAACAAAGAGUGGAUAUUAUAAAAAAAUUAUUAAAAGAUUCCCCAUUAAUAGAUGCACAUAACGAUUUGCCUUGGAAUAUUAGAAAAUUUGUCCAUAAUAGAUUACGUAUGUUAGAUUUAAGUAAAAGUUUAAAGAAUUCUGAACCAUGGUCUAAAUCACCAUGGUCUCAAACGGAUAUACCACGAAUGCGUGCUGGUUUUGUUGGUGCACAAUUUUGGUCAGCGUAUGUACCAUGUGAAUCACAAUAUUUGGAUGCGGUACAAUUAACAUUAGAACAAAUUGACGUUAUUAAACGUUUAGUGAAUGUAUAUAAACGUGAUUUAGAACUUGUGUAUAGUGCACGAGAAAUAUUGGAAGUACAUCGUACGGGAAAAAUUGCAUCGUUAAUUGGUAUUGAAGGUGGACAUUCGUUAGGCAAUUCAAUGGGUGUGCUAAGAAGUUUUUAUGAUCUGGGUGCAAGAUAUGUAACGUUAACACAUACAUGUGAUACACCAUGGGCAGAAAGUUCCAGUAUACAUGAAGAUGGCUUCGUAGAACCGUUACCAGAGGGUAAUAAUGGUCCACCAGGUUUAACACCAUUUGGUUUAAGUAUUAUACGUGAAAUGAAUCGGUUAGGUAUGAUGGUUGAUUUAUCGCAUACUUCGGUGGCAACAAUACGUGCAGCUUUGAAUGUGACAAAAGCACCAGUAAUAUUUUCACAUUCAAGUGCAUAUGCUGUAUGUAAUUCAACACGUAACGUGCCAGAUGAUAUAUUAAAAUUAUUACCAAGAAAUCGUGGAGUUGUUAUGGUUAAUUUUUAUGCGAAUUUAGUGAAUUGUAAUGGAACAGAAAUCGCAUCAAUGAACGAUGUGAUUAGCCAUAUAAAGCAUAUUCGUAAAGUCGCUGGCAUUGAUUAUGUAGGUUUAGGGGCUGGAUAUGAUGGCAUUAAUGCAACACCAAGUGGCUUAAGCGAUGUCUCCAAAUAUCCACAAUUAUUAUCAACAUUAUUAGCGGAACCAGGAUGGACUGAAAAUGAUAUUUUAAAAUUAGCUGGUUUAAAUAUACUACGUGUGUUCAGUGAUGUGGAAAAAAUACGUGAUGGAUGGAAAUUAGCUGCUGUGCCACCAGCAGAAGAUAUACAUCCUCCAUCUGAUCUACCAGAUGAUGCACCUAAAUGCCAAUAUGAUCAUUCCUGA